UAUCUGGCAACCCUUUAGUCUAAAACCGAAAGUUGUCAGCUCAGGUGUUGCACAGUUCAGACAAGCUGAUACGGUGUUUUAAAAUGGAUGAUGAAGACGCGAUGUCUGAUAACAGCGUCCCCUUCGGCUACGGAGCGUCAGCAUUCGGCAGUGAGGGAGAGGAGGAGGAGGAAGAUGUCGCAGUCCACAGAGAGUCUGCGCUCAGACACAUGGAGUGGGAAACAGCAGUAGAGAGCUAUGAUGUUGAGCGAGCCGCAUCACCUGCCCCCAGUUAUGACUCAAUGUGCAGCGAUGAUGGUAUAGGAGCACAGGCUGAAAGUCGGUGUAAAAUUCAGCUGUACAGAAAGGACUCUUCAGGAUCAAGCUGUUGCUCUUCUUCCAGUGAUGAGAAGCCAAAUGAAGAGCCUAAAGAAGAGGAAAUGAUUCAAGAAAUUCCAACCCCAUCUUUAAAGCCAAAGUUAUUAAUCGAUCCUAAUGAGACGCGACAUCCAGCCCUGACUGUUGAUUUCGCCUUUAAGGUCCUUCAGAGCAGCUUGAAGCAGCUUAGAGAAGAGCAUUUUAAGCGCUUUAAGAGAAUCCUGUGGGAGCGUUACCCAGAGUAUUUUCGAGAUCAGCUUAGCAGCUUGGACAUUAUAGAUCUGGUGGAUAAAAUGUUGGAGAUCUGUGGAUUAGACGUUUCUCUGAAGAUCACACUGAAUGUGCUCCUGAAUGACAUGAAAUGUAAAUAUGUUGCUGAGCAACUGCAGGGAAUGUGCAAGAGGAACGAGGUCCGCUACGAGUUGAAAAAGACACUGAGACGGUUGUAUGAACAUGUUUCAGAAGACCCGAGCCAGCAAACCCUUUUCGAGGAUGUAUGCACAGACCUGUAUUUUACAGACGGUGGCAAUGCUGCAGUAAAUAGUGAGCACGAGUACAGACAGAUACAGGAGCUGCAAGAGGAUGCCCGCAGCAAAAACAACCCACUGUCCCUCACCGAUAUAUUUAAUCCUAAGGAUGUUGAGAGGAGGCACAUAAGGACAGUGAUAACUAAAGGAAGUCCAGGGACUGGCAAAUCAUUUCUAGUUCAGAAGUUUAUCUUAGACUGGGUGGAAGGAAGAUCACACCAAGACAUCUUCUUUCUGCUUCCUCUGCCGUUCAGAGAGCUAAACCAGAUGACAGGGGAAACGGUAAGCUUUAUGGAUUUAAUCUGCAAACUCUAUCCAGAGAUGAAAGAAGUAGAUACCCUGGAGUUUGAAGGCUGCCAGGUGAUGUUCAUCUGUGACGGCUUGGACGAAUACGCUACCCCCAUUAACUUUCGCAGCACUGCGUAUUGGUGUGAUCACAACGAGCCAGCAAAUACCAACGUUUUAAUCACCAACCUGAUCAGGGGCAACAUGCUGUACUCCGCCUACAUGUGGGUGACCAGUCGGCCCGUAGCCAUCAACCAGAUUCCUGCAGAAUGCAUCCACCAGUUAUUAGAGGUUCGUGGGUUUUCACAUGAACAGAGAGAAGCCUACUUCAGGAAGACUAUCUCUGACAAGGAGCUUGCAGAAAGAGUCAUUGCUUACAUCAAAUCUUGCAAGACGCUGUAUAUUAUGUGCUAUUUGCCAAUGUUCUGCACAGUCGUGCGCAGAUUGCUUGAAAAGGAUCUCCAAAGUGGAGAACGCCCCAAAGGUCUUACUCAAUUCUACACCAAACUGCUACUCCUGCAUAUAAACAAGAGAUGCCAGAAACUACUGUCACAAGACCCAGAAUUCUUCUUGAAGCUUGGGAACAUGGCCUUCCAGCUACUUGAGAAGGGUGUGUUCACGAUCGAGAAAGACCUCUGGGAUAAAUAUGUUCUGAGAGCUGAAGAUGCCGUGGUAACCGCAGGCCUGUGCACGCAGUUCUACCGUGAGACAUUUAUGAUGUAUCAGGAGAAAGUGGACUGCUUCAUUCAUCCAACAGUGCAGGACUACCUAGCGGCUCUUUACGUCUUCCUUUCUUUCAAGAAACACAAGAAGAACGUUCUGGAUAGUACAAAGAAGAAAGGGUUCUCAGUUUUUAAAGGGGAUCUUGAACUAUACAAGAGUGCUGUUGAUAAGGUUUUACACUCCAAAAGUUCCAACUUUGACCUGUUUCUGCAGUUUCUCUUGGGCAUGUCAGAAGAGACCAACCAGGAGCUGCUUAGCAUCUUGCUUGGCCACACAAGGACUAAGCAGGAGGCUCGGGAAGAGACGACAAUCUACGUCAAAAAGAUGUUCAGGGAGUAUCCUGAGAGGAAAGAAUACCUUCAGAGAUGCUUAGAUGAACUUUGUCCACAUCCACACUGAACUGAUUUUGAGGACAGCGAACAGAUCGUCUCUCCUCUGUGUCUCUUGUUUCUUUAACGUAGCACAUUAUGAUCCUGUAAAUGUACAGAAUUAUCGGAAAAGACUUAUUGAACAUCUGGUGCUGCGCAGUUUGCAGUUUUCUCACCACAGGCAGACAUAACAUGGAAUUUGCAUGGCUGUUGUGAUUGUAGAGCAGCGUUACAUGUUUUUAAGCCCCCUUACAUUUCCAGCAUUCGGCAGACAAUUUAAUUCAGAUCUACGUACAUGUAUCUCAUUUGUACAACAGCUGUGGUUCACGCUCAACCUUUGUGGUAAACUUUUCACGUCUUAAACACUGAGCUGUUAUUUCCCACACAACCUUUGGCUUGGUUGUAAAAUGUGAAAAUUUCCACCAGCUGGAAAUAACUGGAAGGCUGCGGUCAGAAAAUGACAUAAAAUAACACCUGAAAUAUGCUUCUUUACUUGCACCUUCUUCUUUUUUCCUUUCCUUGCUUCUCAGCUCCUUACUCCUGACAACCGAAGACACGAAGAAUUGAAAACAAACAUAUUUAACGACUAAGAAUUUAAGCGUCACUUUAAUCUGAAUCGGCUCUUGUAAGUAAAUUGUCUUAUUGAGGACACUUGAAAGCAGGACACUGAUAAAACCAUCAUUGCACAUUACACACUUAAAUAUUGAUGUUUUAGUCUAAACAAGAUUCUGUUCCUCACCUGACAGGUUUAAAAUAUUACUUGAUUUAUCCAUGGAUUUUAUUUGAACCUAUUGUUUAUUUAUACCGUUCCAGCGUGUGCUUCUUAUUAAUGUAUUUUUUUAUUUUUAUUUUUUAGAAAAGAUAUGAAGUAUAAUAAUGUAUACUUAAAUGAGACACACUAAAAUAAAAAUUACUUUUGCAAAGCA